AUGACUAGGAAUGACAUCGGUCCGCACGCAAGUUUCGGAGGUGGAUAUGGUCCACUAGUGGGAGAAACCAGAAGCGAAAGCUCAAAAGAUAGAAAAAUGUGCGAAAAAGUGAGGACUCUCAGGAAACAAAGCGUCGUGCUCGUUCAUGGGCUUGCUGGCAGCGCAGGCACCCUCGAUGUCCAACGACAACACCUUCUAGCGGCAGUUUUUAGCUCCCCAUAUAAAGAAACUUCAGCAGUAGAUUUGGUCGAAUCCUUUGUCCCCGAUUCUAAUCGCUCAACGAAGCGAAAACGCCAGACGCCAGCGCCGGCGCCUGUAGCACACGUAGGCCUUUCACUGUGA